UUUCUCUCUGGAUCUUUCCAUCCUCCACGCGCGCGCGCUCGCUUUGUCCAUUCAUCGACCAGCUUCUACACAUCUUUGACACCAACGACCAAGAUCGCAAUUCUCUACACGAAGAAAACUCGGCGUGCAACGAAACCUGCCCACCAUGUCCGACCCGUUACUCUUCGAGGACACCUUCACCAUCACGGCGAUCAACCAGCAGAAAUAUGACCGCGUGUCGCGCCUGACCUGCACCUCCUCGGACAACUUCACGACCUUCACGCUCGACGUCAACACCGAGCUGUACCCCUGCGUCGUGGGCGAGUCCCUCAACAUGGCGCUGGCGUCGACUCUGUCGCUGGAUGGCAAGGACGACUCCGGGGCUAAGGCGGGCUGGAAGGAGGUCGGCAUGGGCGAGCAGACCCUGGCCAACGACUACGAUUACGUCUGCCACGGCAAGGUCUACCGGUUCGAGGAAGGCUCGACUUCGGGAAACAUGGCUGUCUUCAUCUCCUUUGGCGGAUUGCUGCUCUAUCUUGAGGGCCCUUACAAGAAGCUGGCACCCUUGCGGAUCGACUAUGUCUACCUUCUUCUUAAGAAAUAAGGACAGCAGAGGACGAGAAUCGUCUCUGACGUUUGUCUUUCUGAUUCCCUAGGCUACUAUGGGUUGUAGAAGCGCUCGAAGUCCGAUUAGUAUUUGGGAAAGCGACCAAAAAAAAAAGUCUGAUUGCAUUUGAUUGGGGUCCUUCGAUUGCAGCGCCGGCGUUCGAUUGGUGAAAUUUGGGUAUAAUUGAAAUAGAGAACCACUAAAUUCUAUGACAUGUUGUGUACA